AUGAGUCUCCGUCUCUGGUAAAGGACGUACGCUGUGUCAGGGAGAGUGUCAGAGAGAGUAACGAAGAAUUAAUUCGUUUCCUUUUAGAAGUUUACCUUUUUGUCCUCAUAUGUACAUAUUCUUUUAGCCACUUAUUUUUAUUUAAUGCAGGACACACACGGUUAACAGCUACACGGACUCUGCUGUGGACUGGUUGAGAAGUGUGAAGUUUAUGUGCUGAGGGUUUACUGCUGUUUGCCCUAUUAUGGAGAGAUGUCCUCGUGAUUUGGGAGAGGUAACAACGUACCAUGAUGAACGCCUUCAACCAUCUGAAGUGGAACCACAACUACAGCUCACUCAAAAGGCACGGUACACUGCAGCAUAGGGAACCCGAGGAGGGAGAGGUGGAGGCUGAACAGAUGUUGUCAAGCAUGAAUCGUCACCCGUUGCUGUCUGCAUUCGCACUAGAGGAAUUUGAGUUCCCUGUCAGCGUUCGCCUACAAGAGAUGCCCCUCUUCCCCAAGUGGCACCUCCCUCUCAAGCUGAUGGCUGUUUUUAUGGCUGUGGCAUUUGUGUACACAUUCCUCCGGGAUGUGCUGCAGCCUUAUGUGUCUCAGAGUAAAAAUGACUUCUACAAGCUUCCCAUCCUGGUGUUAAAUAAAGUUCUACCCUGGACAUCAAUCACUCUGCUGGCAUUUGUCUAUCUGCCUGGAGGGCUGGCUGCUCUACUGCAACUACACAGAGGCACUAAAUACAGCUCUUUCCCAGUUUGGCUGGAAAACUGGCUGGGUGUGAGGAAACAGCUAGGUCUGCUGGCCUUCCUUCUGGCCUGCCUACACGCCAUUUACAGCCUGAGUUACCCAAUGAGACGCUCUUACAGAUACAAACUCCUCAACUGGGCCUACCAGCAGGUGCAACAGAAGAAGGAGAACUCAUGGGUAGAGGAUGAUGUCUGGAGGAUGGAGAUCUAUAUCUCACUGGGAAUCCUCGGAUUGGGCAUUCUGGCCUUGGUGGCUAUCUCCUCCCUGCCCUCUGUUAUGGAUGCACUAAAUUGGAGAGAGUUCCAGUAUGUCCAGAGAAUUCUGGGACAUGCAGCCCUGUUUUUGUGCACAACUCAUGCUCUGGUGUAUGGAUGGAGGAAGUGGGUGGAGCUGAAGCACUAUGUAUGGUACACACCUCCAUCAUUUAUACUGGCCUCCUUCCUCCCAGGUGUGGUGUUACUGCUCAAGGCUGUGUUGGCCAUGCCCUGUUUCAACAAGAGACUGGAACGCAUUCGUCAUGGCUGGGAAAGACCUGGGCGAAAGGGAUUAAUAUACAAGGACUCACUCUGACUCACUCUGUCUUAGAGGCAUGGAGUUUAUAAACUUGUGUUUCAGGAAUGUUGGGUUUUAAGUCAUGAUUGUUUUGCAAAGUGAUGUUUUUCACAACUUGUGGAAGAUGUUUAAUUUGCUUAUACUGUAAUGCAUUAGGACGUUUUGGUAUGAACUAAUAUGAUCUCUCUUUUCUACUUAUUUUACAGUAGUUAUUCAUUGUAAAAUAAUACAGUACAAUUAUGUAUAUUGUUACUACAGCAUAUUCUUCUGUAUAAAAGAAAAGAAAAAAACUUUUAUGACUGAUACAUGAUUCUGUCAUGACUACCUCAUUAAGCUAUCACAAACAGAUUCAGAUAACAAAUAUCACACGUAUCUUGCACUCCUUUUUGGCACAUUCAUUGGCUGCUUAGUCAGGUUUAUUGCGCCUCAGUGUUAGGUCACUCUUGAGAACUGAGUGUGAAAUGUGAUAAGUGGGGGAAAGCAAGGCUUUCUAAAUUAUACCUAAAUUAUACCCUGUUGUACUAAACAUUGUUAGAAUAGUACGACAUCAAUGGUGACAUUCACCACCCUGCUAAUUUGACCAUCUAUUUAGUAUGGUAGUAUGUGAAUAAGAAUGCAGCCAUUGUUUUUCAGACCUACGAUUAUACUCGCUGCUUAUUAAGUUAAUUAUCAACUAUGAAGUUUUGCUAAUGAUGCUCUAAAUCAGGGGUGUCAAACGCAAAUUCUCCCAAGGCCACUUCAGUAUUUUUGUGAGACUUUAAAGGGCCAUAAACAAAGGCUAUUAAUUUUUAACACUGCUCUAAAAUUAGACUAGGGUAUUUCCAGAAAAAAAGAAGUGCCGUGUCAAUGCUGGAAACGGUGUUCAACUAUAGUACCCAGAGUACAGCGCGGCCUACAAACAUGGCCGCUACGGACUACAACACCCAGCACCAACAGAGACAGUCAUGUUCAAGUUCACCGUCUUACUGAUUACACACACCUGUUCACAAUUACAGACCACAGUGUAUAUAUAUAAGGACUCUCAAUCCACACUCGCCUUGCGAAGUAUAUGCUCUGUGAUUCUCUCCAGUUGUUACCAAGCCUUUGUAUUGAUAUAGUCUUCACCACACCAAGAUCGCCCAGUUCAUCAACCUGCUGACUGACAGAGUGCUCACCUGGGUAACCGCUGUGUGGUCUCAAGAGGCAAGCACAUGGCUUCUUACGAGCACUUCCUCCAGCUCUUCCAGAGGGUCUUUGACCACUGUCCAAAAGACAAGGAAAUCAGCAAGAAACUCCUCAGCCUGAAGCAAGGGAACCAAAGCGCUGCAGAUUUCGCCUUAAACUUCUGCACAUUGGCCGUGGGAAGCAGCUGGAAUAAACCGGCGCUCAAGGCAACAUAUCGUCAAAGGCUGAACGCCGAUGUCCUAACCAAGUUGGCCUGCUGGGAAGACCAAACUACCCUUGAUUCCCUUAUAGGCAUGUCCAUUUGUCUCAACGUCAUGCUGAGGAAUCGAGGAGGUAUUACAGCCACAUCCCAGUUCCCGAAAUCCAUCUCACAGAAC